AUGAUACCAAGAGCCUCAGACAACCCAUCGUCUUCCUCAUCCUCCGCCACCACUGCAGCGCGGCCUCCCAGCUGGACCGCCGCCCGACGGGACCCACGGAUCGUUCGCGCGCCGCCAACCCUCGGCGGCAAAGACCGCCACAGCAAGGUCUUCACAAUCCGCGGCCUCCGCGACCGCCGCGUCCGCCUCUCCGUCCCCACCGCCAUACAGCUCUACGACCUCCAGGACCGCCUCGGCCUCACCCAGCCCAGCAAGGUCGUCGACUGGCUCCUCGCCGCCGCCCACCAUGCCGUCGACGAGCUGCCGCCGCUCCAAGUCCCCCACGGCUUCUUCACCCGCCCAUUCCAGACCCUUCUACAACAUUCCAGAGCCACCACCAAGCACCCCCCCGCCGCCGCCGCCGCCGGCCGCGCCACCCUCAGCCUAAUUACCGAUCACGACGACAUUAACAACAAAAAUUCAGAUCAAGUGACUGAAAAUCGUGAAGAAACCAGACCGAUUCCGAAUUCGUCUUCCUUAAUCCUCCACAGUAAUCCAUUCGUGAACCCUAAUUUAGCCCUAAUUUGCCCUCCCUCACAAACCCUAGAAUCGACGGUCCAGAUCAAUCCCAAUCCGAAUUCGCCUGCGCAGAUCUUCGGAUACACUCGUGAUGAUGAACUGGAAAUGAGCUUUUCAUCAUGGUCGAAUUCUUUUCCGUUGCCGGUUUAUAAUCAGACGGCGGCGGCAGCCAUUCUCAGGGCUUCUCCUUUCACCAUAUCUUCCUGCAAUAUUCUUCCUGCACAGAAGCACUCAGAAAUCCAACAAAACAAAGGUUUCUUGAUCUAG